AGUGCGGGCGCCGACGCUGUGAGACGAGGAGGCCUGCAUGCGGCCCGUGCGAGUGCUCUUCGGAGGUUUGUCCUGGCGUCGUGCCCGUGGUGACCCGUUGCCCGAGUGUCCGUGCCGUCCCGUCCGAACCGAGCGUCCCUCCGUGCUCUUCGAAGGCUCGUCCGUGGUGCGGUGUUGGGUUUGGUGCGUGAGGGCGUGCCAGUCCGAUUCGCGAGCACGGCGUGUUCCGUGGGCGGCGGCGGGAGCGCGCCGUCGUCGCUCGCUCGCAGCAACCUGCCCGCAUGGCUGGCGCCCCCGCACGAACGUUUCUGCUAUGAGGAUAACCUCGGCUGCGCCCUCAAGCACCAGGCGCCGUCGUCAGUGAGCGGCGGCGGCGGCCACGGCUCCUUCGGCGGCGUGAGCGGCCUGUCGCAGGCGUGUGCGCAGCUGUGCGGGCGCGCGGUGCCGACGCGCGACGCCAUGGAGGAGCAGGCCGGGCCCUGGUCCGGCUACGAGGGCCCGCCGGGCGGGAGGCCGGACCCCGGGGUGCUCGCCCAGGAGGACAUGGACAUGUUCUUCCACUCCCUCGACGGCUCCCCGGGAUCCUCGUACUACUCCAACCCCGCCGCCAGGGCCGUGCACGGCUACCGGCCUUCGCACCCGCGCGUGCCGGGCGGCCAGGUGUGUCGGCCGCACUUCCACAGCGCCCUGCACCCGUGGAUCUCGGACCCGGCCAAGGCGGCGGCGGCGGCGGCGGCAGCCAUGGUGCCGCACCACGGGCCCGCGUCCUGGUGUUCCCCGUUCGCGGGCAAGCCGCAGCCGAGUCCCCCGACGGCGCCGUCGCACUCUAGUCCCCACCUGUUCAGCUUCCCGCCGACGCCGCCCAAGGACGCGACGCCGGACCCGGCUGCGGCCGAGGCCCCGGGCUACGCCUGCGACGGCGACCACAAGCCCGGCGGCAUGCUGACCCCGCUGGCCGCGUCGUCGGCCUGCGGCAAGCGAGAAGGUACCUUCCCCGCCUCCUCCCCUCCCUACCCGCACUACGUGCCCCACCCGGGCUCCGAGCUGGCCGGCUACCACGGCUUUCACGCGGGCCCGCUGCAGCUGGCCAAGGCUCCGCUCCCGCCUCCCGCGGGCUACGGACAGGCCGCCAAGCCGCGCACCAAGGGCCGCUCCAGCGCCGAGGGCAGAGAGUGCGUGAACUGCGGUGCGACGUCGACGCCGCUGUGGCGACGGGACGGCACCGGGCACUACCUGUGCAACGCAUGCGGUCUCUACCACAAAAUGAACGGCCAGAACAGGCCGCUCAUCAAGCCCAAGCGCAGGCUCUCGGCCGCCCGGCGCGCUGGGACGAGUUGUGCCAACUGCAAGACGACCACGACGACCCUGUGGAGGCGCAACCAGAACGGAGAGCCCGUCUGCAACGCCUGCGGACUCUACUUCAAGCUCCACAACGUGAACCGGCCGCUGACGAUGAAGAAGGAGGGCAUCCAGACGCGCAACCGCAAGCUGUCCUCCAAGAGCAAGAAGAAGAAGGGCCUGACCAUGUCGCUGCCCGACUGCAUCAAGCCCCUGGACAAGGGCUUCUCGAGCUUCUCGCCCGCGGGACACCAGUUCGCCUCGUCCAUGUCCAUGACCAUGAACCACUACAUGCACCAGGGCAACAUGAACAUGCCCAUCUCCAUGGGCGGCACCUUCGUCACCUCGCAGCACAUGGGCUCGGCCGCGGGACUCUCGGGCCUCGGGCUUGGGCCAUCGGCGUCGGCGGGCCUCGGGCUGGCCGCCUCCAACAGCAUGGUGGGCGCCAUGGCCUAGCCCGUGCCCGCGUUGCCUGUACAUAGACCCUCUCAUCACGGACCGGCGGCGCGCGCGCGGCCGGCAUGCAGACGCACUCUCCGCGCCCCGAUCACCCGUCACCCUCCCCUUACUCUUGUGUUCAACGAUCUCCUAGGUCACGGCGUAGAAGUGUCAUUAUUUAAGUUGGCCGAUCAGCCGCUCUUUUCUCCCGUGCGUGUGCGUGCGCGCGUGUGUGUGUGUGUGCGUGUGAGUGUACAUAGUUGUUUACGACGGACUCCGCCAAGUGGCGCGACGGACGCACCAGCGAGUUGGCCUGCACCGCGUGACUGGAAAUAAAAGAACCGGGUGCGCAAAGCA